CGCCCCGGCGGCGGAGGAGCCGGGCCGGGAUCCGGGAGAUCCGGGAUCAGCGGGAUAAGCGGGAGAGCCGGGCAGCGGCGAUCGGGGCGCCAUGGCCGCGGUGACCAGGGGCACCGCGACGCGCCGCAGCCGCCUCAAGCGCUCGGACGGCAGCACCACCUCCACCAGCUUCAUCCUGCGCCAGGGCUCAGCAGAUUCGUACACGAGCAGACCCUCGGACUCUGAUGUCUCUCUGGAAGAGGACAGGGAAGCAAUCCGCCAGGAAAGGGAGCAGCAGGCAGCCAUCCAGCUUGAGAGGGCCAAGUCCAAACCAGUAGCAUUCGCUGUGAAGACCAACGUGAGUUACUGUGGAGCUCUGGAUGAAGAUGUCCCUGUGCCAAGCACUGCCAUCUCCUUUGAUGCCAAGGACUUCCUGCACAUCAAAGAGAAAUACAACAACGACUGGUGGAUAGGGCGGCUGGUGAAGGAGGGCUGCGAGAUCGGCUUCAUCCCCAGCCCGCUGCGCCUGGAGAACAUCCGCAUCCAGCAGGAGCAGAAGAGGGGCCGUUUCCAUGGAGGCAAAUCCAGUGGGAAUUCUUCUUCAAGCCUUGGAGAAAUGGUUUCUGGCACAUUUCGGGCCACACCUACUGCCACAGCAAAACAGAAACAAAAAGUGACAGAGCAUAUUCCCCCCUACGAUGUAGUGCCAUCCAUGAGACCUGUUGUCUUGGUGGGUCCAUCACUCAAAGGCUAUGAGGUGACAGACAUGAUGCAGAAAGCUCUCUUUGACUUCCUGAAGCACAGGUUUGAUGGCAGGAUAUCCAUAACCAGGGUGACAGCCGACAUCUCCCUGGCCAAGAGGUCUGUGCUCAACAACCCCAGCAAGAGGGCCAUCAUCGAGCGCUCCAACACCAGGUCCAGCCUGGCUGAAGUGCAGAGUGAGAUUGAAAGGAUCUUUGAGCUGGCAAGGUCCUUACAGCUGGUUGUCCUGGAUGCAGACACUAUAAAUCACCCUGCCCAGCUUAUCAAGACAUCUUUAGCCCCAAUUAUUGUCCAUGUGAAAGUGUCCUCUCCAAAGGUUUUGCAGCGGCUGAUCAAGUCCCGGGGGAAGUCCCAAAGCAAACACUUGAACGUGCAGUUGGUGGCAGCUGAUAAACUGGCACAGUGCCCCCCAGACAUGUUUGACGUGAUCCUGGACGAGAACCAGCUGGAGGACGCCUGCGAGCACCUGGCCGAGUACCUGGAGGCGUAUUGGCGAGCCACCCACACCACCAGUACCACCCCCCUGACCCCCCUGCUGGGCAGGAACCUGGGAUCCACCGCCCUCUCCCCGUAUCCCGCUGCCAUCUCGGGACUGCAGGGAAAACUCACACUGAAGAUGAAAAUCACCCCUGUGCAGUGGGCUGGCUGAAGAGCCAGCGCGGGCGGCACGGCCCCCCGGCCCCGGAGAACUCUCCCGCCGAGCGCCGCGGGCUCGGCCCCCCGGACGAGAACUACCACAGCGACAGGGCUCGCAAGAGCAGGAACCGCUUGUCUUCCAGCUCCCAGCACAGCCGAGACCACUACCCCCUCGUGGAGGAAGAAUUCUCUGACUCGUACCAGGACUCCUACAAACCCCACCGGACCCGGGGGUCCCCCGGCGGGUACAGCCACGACUCGCGGCACCGGCUCUGAGCCACGGCCAGGAUUCAUCCCGUGAGAACCUCCCACAUCCCGUAGCUAGGAAUGAGAACCGAGUCAUCUUCCUUUGGCAGGUGUGACGCCCGACACUCCGGUCGCACUCUGCUCUCAUCCAUGUUAAUUAGGGGCGACCGAACCCCGCCCGGCCCUUCCGUUUCUGCCCGUCCAUAGGGGUUGUUUUGGGGGUUGUUUUUGGUUUUAAUACAUUUACUGCAUUUAUAGCCGUAUUUUUGUUCUCGUCGUUAGGUAUUAGACACACCCGUUUGUAAUUUCGGGUACCUAUCGAGGCACUUAUAAAAUGAUUUCCUCUGCUGGAAAUUCCAAAUGACCAGUUCCAGUUGGAACCAAUUUAUAAGCCAAUUCCUGUUGGAAUUUGGGUGAAUUGACUGGAAAGUCGACGUGAGCAUGUUGCAAACAGUUGGGAAAAAAUAAAAAACGAACAACAACAAACGUACAAAGAAAAAUCUGACAAUUAAAAAAAAAUCACUGGAAGCCAGAGAGUCAGCUUCCAGUAUUUGUCUGCUGGAAUUUCCACUUCCAGUUUAGAAUAAAAGGAUUUCUAUUCUGCUGAUUUCUUUCCAGGAUGGCUUUUUCACACAAACCAAAUGUAAACUCUCCAGAGUGCCAAAUAUCACAAAUUAUUGCAGCAGUGACAAAACACUUUCCAGUUUGACGUUAUUUUUAGGCCUGGCACGAAUGUUGCAGCCAAAUUCUUUCUUUUAGCCAGUCCUGAUGGUUUUGUCGGGACCAGCAGGGAGGAACUGAGACAGGAGAAGGGAAAUAGGAACAGGAAAAGGAACAAACUCCACAGUUUGUGUGGUUGGAAGUUGGGAAUAGCCUUUUUUCCCCCUCGUUUACCUGAGUACAGCUCCGAGUCCCCAGAUGGGACAGGAGUGUAGAGACAUCAGAUUUUUUUCUCCCAUUUUGCUCCUGCCUUUUAAGUGGGAAACAGUCCCCUCCUCUUCCCCAGUGUGUGGAGUACCUGCAUUCCAGUACACCCAUGUUCCAUCUUCCCAAAUCCACCUGCGAACGUCUGAAAUUCCAGCGUCGCACGAGAACCCUCCGGAAGAUCAGGUUCCAUUCCCCUCACGAAAUCCAGGGGAAGGGAGCAGGGGUUAAACACCACAUACUGGUCAGAACUGCAAUAAAAAGGGAAUACCAGACGAAAAUCUGCUCCCAGGGAGAUCCUAGAGCUGAUUCAGAGCUUUGGAUUCCAUGAGAAAUCCUUGGAGAUAUCGCUGCCUUACUUCCUACCAGUCAUUUAUUCCACCAGUGUUGAGUUCCUUUAAACAGAUGAAUUUCUGGGAUUGGACCUUGUGUCUUACACGAGCAGUGAAGCCUUAGAUCCAAUGGGAUUAAAAACCGACCCCACCUGACCAUUUUGUACAACCAGAGCCUCCCGAAAUUCCCCACCUCGUGCAUUCCCUAAAAUUGACACAGUUGUGCUGAACUUGCAUUUUUUAUGCAGGUUCAUGGCAAAACUACUCAUUCUUUCAAGAAUGAGCAUCGUUAACUUUUCUAUUUGCUUGUUUUCCUCCCAAAGCCUGCUGAAGUCAGGCUUUGACAGCAUGUAGCACUAAUGGAAUUUCUGGAAUAUUAUGGUUUCUUCUUUCUGGACCAGCUGGCAAAGCCCACUGGUGUUUCCAGCAUCCUGGAGUCUCAUUAUCUUCUUGAGGUUAACGAGAGCAGUCAUUAAUCUCCCUUGUGGGACACCCCACACCGACACAUCUCCAGCAGCAUUGAAAGGUGGCAGAUGAUGAUUAAUUAUUUUUAAUAACUCCACUGUCCAACAGGCAGCUCCAGCCCCGCUGGGUGAUCCCAGUGGACCCGUUCCCAGGAUAAAAAUGGGAAUGUCUGCACCCACUGGAGUCACAGAGUUGGGAUGGACCUGCCAGCCCUGGUGCUGCCCAGUUUCCUCCACCUGAAGAUGCCAAAGGAGCUGAGGAAACACGGCAGGAUCCGGCCCGGGAGCAGCAGCUGCAUCUGCCUGCUCCAGCAUUCCCUGCUCCAGGAAUUGUCCAGCCCUUUUUCCAUGUACAGCCCAGCACCUGCAUGAGAAAGGAGGCCUUAGGCUGAACAUUUCUCUCUCAGCUUUGCCCAGUUCCCUGUUUGUGCAUCGGAGUCCUGAUGGCAGAGGAGCCGUAGAACCCUCCCAGCAGCUGCUUCUCCUCCUCCUGCAGUAGCAUUAGGGAUCAUUAGGGGUCAUUAGGGAUCAUUAGGGGUCAUUAGGGGUCAUUAGGGAUCAGCUCAUUAACUGCUUGCAGAUAUUUGCAUAUUUGCAGGUGGCUGCCAAGCACCCACAUAGAUUUUUCUAGAGCCUUUUGGAGCCUUGUUUUUCAGUCUUCCAUGUCAGGCCAGGCAAGGGAAGGAUCCACACCUGCACAGACCCACCCCCUGAAGCAUCUCAAGUGCCAAAACUGCUUUGUUUGGAUAAAAACAAGCUUGUGAGGGAAGUCUUGGAUGGUCCUGAGGUCCUUCAUUACGUGGGCUUAAGUUGGAUUUACUCCUGUGUGUAAUGAAUUUCUCCCACUGCCCAUUCCAAAUUAAUACAGGGAACCAGUCAGGAGUGAUCCAGGUUUCCUUCCUUGCUGGGGAUUUUUGUCUUUUGAAAAUAGAUAUAUCUGUAAGUACAAAUAUACCAGCUGUGCUAUAGGUUCUGCAUUUAUUCAAAACAGCCUCUGUUUUAAAAAGGGAUUUAUUUUUAGGACACACAGUAAUGAGUAAAAGCUGUGCUGGGGAUCAGUGUUUCUGUCAGAAUUCCAGCACUGCUGGAUUGGGAUUAGUGAUUUAGCCAAUAAAGGUGAGAACAACAAUCUCUACAGACAAAAUUCGGUGCAUUCCUGUGUUUGGGAAUCAAUUAAAGAAGGAUUUUAAAGUUCUUAAACCCACUUUAAAGACAGUUAAUUGUUAAAUUUCAACUCCAGAUCCUUCCUCCUUGGCAGGUUGUAUUUGACACGUUCAGGUUCUUUUCCUGGUGCCAACCAUUUAUCCCAUGGGAUUUAUCCCAGCUGAAGAUAUUUGUAACUUUGUGUUCAGUUUGAUGCCAAAUCCUCUGAAUUCAGUUUGGUCUCAGCUCCACAGAAUUCCCUGACACAUCCCAGGAUCUCUUGUCUUUCCUGACUUUACCAUUGCAGAGUAAUUUUGCUAAUCCCAUUGCUCCAUAUUCCACUGGUUUGGGUAAGUCAGGGCUUCUGAUACUCAUUUUUUCUUCAAUAAUGGAUUAAAUGUGUCCUCUGCUGUAUUUUCUUCCCCAAGUUCAGUCCUUCUGAAGCUUGUCCUUGAUUCUACAUUCCUGAUGGGUUUUUAAGGCAAAAUAAUUAGUCCAGGGAAAGUAAAGGUGUGUCUUUAAAAAUAAAGGGAAACUUUAAUAAUGUUGUGAAAUAUAUGUAAGGAAUUAACUCGGAGAAAGAGCAAAAAAUGCUACUGAGGAUUGAAAUGUUAGGAUUGAAAUUUAAGAUUUCUUUCAUUACGUGUGGAAUCCACUCAAGAAUUGGAGUAUUGUCAUUAAAUCCAUACAGAGAAUUUGGGGAGAAGGUAAAAUGUUACUGUGUCAUUCCUGUAUUCCUUUGGAGCUGGGAGUAGCCUUGGCUUGGUGUCAGUGAUGGUUCAUAGACCUGCCUUUCCCCCCAAAUUCCCACCUGGAGCAGAUCCUACUCCUGUCUUCUCCAGGAGCAGGGUCUGACCAGAAAUGUCACCUCCUGACCAUCACCUGCCUUACCACUAUUCCCUGAAAACCAGAAUGUACUUAAAUUUAUCCCCCUUAUCCCCUCUGGUGUUCAUUCCCGGAGUGAGGAACUCUCACGGGCAGGACAAAAUCAUCUGUUUUUCCAACGGUGUAAAACCAGAGCGAGGAAAAAGAAGCACAUUUGUAAUAGCACAAAUUUCCAAGAAUCCCACUCCUGCCUUCGGCAUCGUGUUCCUUGGGAACCAGGGGGGCAUUUUUUGACCCAGCAGCAGUGGAUUUAUGGCAUUUUUGAUCCCUUUCCUUGCUGCCUGAUCCUUCAGCAGUUGGUUUUGGCAUUUUGCACACGGGAUUGAUUUUUCAAUAACUUGUAUUCCUUCCACGUCAAUGAGUUAGUGACAGAAGCUUUCAAAAUCCGAAAGCCCAGUGCAUCCAUUUCUGCUGGAAUCACAUUAAUUCCUUCAGUUUUGGCCAGUGUGUAGAUUUUGGGUGUGACUGAGGAAUAUCCCACGAUGCACCAGUGGUCAGGAAGGGGAGACUCCCAGUAAAUGUAUUGUUGGGGCUACAGGGCUUUGAGGUGGGGGAGAGGAGAGUCCCAGCACCCAAAAAUUCCACUGAUAUUCCUGAGAAUUUCAAACCUAAAGGGAAGUGAGGGGUGUUGGGCCAAGGGCUGGGACACACCUGAGUCUCUCCUCGUGCAGAGAGGGAGAGUCAGCCAGGCCCUAAAUCACACCAAAUGCAAAUUUUGGGUGAGCAGAGGGGGGGAGAAGGAUGGGAACAGUCAUUCCAACUGCAAACUCUGCACCUUGGGCUUCUCAGACCCCGGAAAAUCUCCGUUUCUCAGCCAAACUGGGUCCCAGUGGGAGCUGGGCAGCGCUGCCUCCAGCCUCACUGGGAGCCAGUCCAGAGUCUGGUGAAGACACUACUGCCUUUACUGGGAAAAGACUUCCCCAAGUUGGUGUUUUCUGCUGGUUUGCCCUUUGUUUCCCCCAUAGAUCCUGUGUGUGUAGCACCCGACAAGGCAUGUGGGUCCAAUAUACUAUGCAAUGUGUACAGUGGUGCAUGCUCUGCUCUCCCUCUGCUUUUAGUGGCUUUCAAAGAAAAACUCCGGAAAAACAAAAAAAAUGACAUAAAAAUAAAUAAAAUAAAACUAAAGUGGUGUUAUUUUUGUGACCAGGAUCAUGCAGACUUGCAUGCCCAUAGUAUCCUCAUUUCUAUGGAUUCGUUUUCUGGAAUUUAGAUGUACAAAGAUGAACUGCAUUACAAUUAACUUUUCUACAAUAAAUGAGCCAAAAGUACAAACCGUUGGAAA